AUGGGUGAAUCAUCUCCUUGUCUAGUGCGGUCAGUCUCUCAGCUUUCUCCCACUUCUGAUGAAUUCAAAGAGGGAGAUCCACUGCGUGCCCUCACAACAUCAAUCUCAUUUGGGAGGUUCGUGUCACAAUCGUUGGCUUGGGAAAAAUGGUCAUCCUUCACUCACAACCAGUACCUGGAAGAAGUUGAGAAAUACUCCAAGCCUGGUUCUGUUGCUGAGAAAAAAGCUUAUUUCGAAGCCCAUUACAGGAGAAAAGCAGCCAAGAAAGCUUCAGUGUUGCUCGAGCAAGGAAAUGUAGCUGCAAAUGAUUCAUCUGAACCAAAUUUGACGAAUGAGAUAUGUGAUAAUUCUUCCAUGAAUCCAGAGUUGGUGCAAGCAGACAGCCAUGUGCGCAUUGAGGAAACAGAAGGAGAAAAUGCUCAUAAUGUAAAGCUUGUAUUAUCUGUUGAAGCAAUUGGGUGUAAUGCUGAGGGAAACAAUAUAGAAACCGCUAAAGCAGAAGGUGCAGAAUCUGUAACUGAACAAUUGUGCACUGUGGCGAAUACUGUUCAGGUUGAACUUUCCAACCAGAUUGAGAGUGUUGAAAACCACAGUACUAUAGUGUCCAUGCAAGAAAACAACACACAUGUCAAGGAUGCUGCUAAUCAGGGGACUCUAGAAAUGUUGAGAGAGAAGAAACCUGAAAUUUCUUCCUUCAAAUCAUCCACUUGCAGUGGAGCAACCAAGCUUCGACCUCCUGCCAAACCGACUACUCUCGAUAAUCUCAGGAAGGCAGACAAUGCCACUCCAAAUAAUAGGAAGACAGCAAGAGUAUCAUUGGACAAAAAGAGUUCAACUCCAAAAUCUCUUCACACGACAAUCAAUUUUGCUUCUUGUGCUAGUGAAAACCAACAAAACAUCUUCUCCUAUUCCUCACAAGAGUGGAAAUUCAAGGAUCAUUAA